AUGAGCCAGCCAUCAGUAGCUUGUUAUUUCGGUUCGAGGAAAAGGUCAGCGAUCGAUGAUCUGAAAUUGAAUCGUGCAAAAAAAGUUUUAGUGCUCGAUAAUGAUCCUGGAUUUGGUAAGCAAACAGUUGAAUCUGAAAAUGUGAGUGCCUUAUGCUCCUCAUCAGUUGCUUUCACCAAAGAUGAAUUUUCCUCUGGCUCAAACGACAAGUUUCAAAAUAAGGAGAAGAGCAGAAUAAUCCUCUCAGUUGGGAAAACUCUGGAUCAAAGUAAAAUGCAAAAAUCUGGGACUAAAAAAUCAGCUCCAAAAACUAAACUUGCCAAGAACUCCAACUACAAUAUGGACAUACAACAGUUACUUAGUAACAUGGGAAAAGGAAAUGAUAGUUCUAUUUUACCUAAAAGUGAAGAUAUUUCAAGUACUACACAUAUUAUUGAGAGACAUGUAACACCUCCAAAUACUCCUAAUAAAGUAUCAAAUGCAUUGGAUAAGGUGAAAGAGAUACCAGAUGGGCCUUCUAUCAAAGAAAUCAAGAAAAAAAUGACUAGAAGUGCUAGAUUAGCUGACUUGAAGGCUUCUAUCAGUAGAUUCCAAAGUAAUGCUGAUAAACUUGUGCAAGUGGAGAAAAAGACAUCCCAAAUUCCAGAAUCACCUAAAUUGAGAAAUUUCAAAACCAUUGAAUUGGAAGUACAAACUAGUCCUCAAAAGGUGUUUUCACCUGACAAAUCAUACCUGAGCCCAAGAAAAGACAGUAGCGCCCGCAGGAAUCUGAUCCACUUGUUGAGCCCCACCAAAAACACGUUGGCAACGUUGCCAGACAGCCCUUCGAAAAAGAUCCUGCUGGAAACUGCCAAACCCGCUUUGACUCUGCCCUACCGAUACCGAUAUUUGGCCGAGAUUUUCCGUUGCAUAGACGUGGUCAGUCAGAUAUUGUAUAACAGAAAGGAGACCAUAACGUUCAGAAAAUUGAAACCGGCAGUGGAGGAAAUGCUCAAGAGGAAUCUGAUGGAGAAACAUCUCUCUCAAAUCAAACACAUUUAUCCCGAGGCUUUCGAGUUUUCGCAGGAGAAAUUGAAAGUUUUCGGCACUGGGAUGAAACAAGAACAGUGGGAACUGGUACUUAACCCCAAAAUCGACAACGCAGAGCACAUGAACUCCGAUAUCCUCUUGAAACGCAGAAGACAUCUGUACAACUCCCUGCUAGAUCUGGUGAAAAAGUACCACCAUGAGUUCCUGGCGACUCUGAGCCCUCCGAUGACCGUCGAUAAGGACAAGAUAACACGCUGGCAUCCCGAGUUCAAUAUUGAAAAGGUGCCGGAAAUCGAGUGCUCAGAUCUGCCGCAGUCUCCCGCAGAAGAAAAGCUGACCACCGGCAAAGACGUGCUGGACAAGGCGCGGCAGAUGUUCAAUUGCAACACGCGGAUGGAGCAGGCGCUGCAGAGGCUCAGAGAGGCCAGAGAGGGUAUCAAGGUGCCUGAGGAGGCGGAGAAGGAGGUGCCAGCGAAACCUGUAUCAGUAUUAAAAGGAAUUCCGAGCGCUUUGCUGGAAAAGGUGAGGCAAAAACAAGCUGCCAAAGCCUUAAUGUCGAUGACCAGAUCAGCCGACAAGGAAAAAGAGGUAUUGAUCUAUUCCCGAUUGCCGGAGAUCGCUCGACUAACGCGAAACCUGUUCGUCUCCGAGAAAAAAAGCGUUCUACCGCUAGAUGUCGUGGUGGAAAAGUUGGGAAAUUGUUAUCGCGUCCAUUUGACUAAAACCGAGAUGGAGGACCAUCUGAAAGCCAUCGCCAAAGAGGUGCCCUUGUGGUUGGUCUUUCACAAUAUACGGAAUUGUGUGUAUUUGAAACUAGCGAAAAAUUCCGAUCUCAGUGUUAUUCUUUACAAAUUGGAACAUUUGGUUAAGACCAAAAGUGAAUUAUGA